CCCCCGCCAUCACUGAUCUGAUCAAGAGCCCAGUGACCCGCGAGAUGGUCGUCUACCUCGCCAAUCAGGCCGCUCACGUCAUUCAGUGCGGCUCGUCACAGUCUCCGGACACACCACCAGCCACCCCAACACGAUCCAUUGCCUCGGCGGAAGCUGAUCCUGCGGGCAAGCUCGAGAUCAACGGCCUUCCCAGUUUGGAAACCUUUAUCGCACUCCUCGUCGAGCGCUCCAACGUCCAGGUGCCCACCCUGCUCUGCACUCUCGUCUACCUGGAGCGCUUGAGGUCGAGGCUUCCGCGCGUCGCCAAGGGCAUGCAUUGCACCCGUCACCGUGUCUUCCUCGCUACCCUCAUUGUCGCCGCCAAGUACCUCAACGACUCUUCGCCCAAGAACAAGCACUGGACCAAGUACGGAGCUCUUUUCUCUCAGGCCGAGGUCAACUUGAUGGAGAAGCAGCUCCUCUACCUUCUUGACUACGAUCUCCGAAUCGAAGAGGAGGAGCUCAUGGUGCACUUUGCCCCCUUCUUCCGUCGUGUUGAGACGCGUGCCGAGGCUGGCCGUCGCGAGAUGCACCUCCGCGGUCUCGAUUGUGGGCGCGAACGCGAGCGCUACGCUCGUGCGAGCGAGCGCCGUGUCCACCUUCGCAAUCUGCCUGCCUCUGAGGUGCCGUGCUGGAACCAGAAGAGCGAGACGAGCCGCUAUGAGCAGCACCGCCGCUCCGAGGCGUACGACUCGCCCGACUCACUUGAUGCUUCGCCCAAGGAGAUGUACUCGCACUCGUCUUCAUCACUCAUGAGCCGACAGAACUCUGCCGAGUCUGCGGUUAGUUCGACUUCGUCUGAAGCCGAGCUCACCGAUGACAAUGGCUCUUCGUCCUCGUCGGCCGAAGAGUACGACGACUACGAAGAUGACUACCUCGAGCAGGAAGGCCUUGACGCACGCAUGCAGCAGCACUCGGUUUCCUGCCUGCCAUCGAGCCAGUCACAUCCGGUCAUGGUUGCUCACGGCGAUGAACUUGAAAGUCACAAGUCGGGCUCGGCCAUGCACCGCUACCUCUCGCAGGCUUUGCCAUCGAGUCUCAAGAAGAGCACCUCGUCGCAUAUUGACAUGCAGCAGCCAAGUCAAGCACACAUUCCGGUCUCACACUCGAUGCGCAGCGUGCGCAGCAGCUCGAACCUCUUGUCAAGAAUGCUCGGUGGGCACCAGUCUUCCGCUGCAUACUAG